UGCCACUUUGCAAUUGAAAUGUGGGUGUAAGCUGUGACUAGUGAUUCACGAUAGUACGUCUAAAACUCUGUUCCUAUAUUCGAAAAAGGCUCGUUUUGCUAACGGAUCGUUAUUUUUUUUUACAUAAGGUGUUCAAAAUUGUUUCAGCAAUCACGUCGUUUUUUAAUAUAAAAGUCGCGUUUUAAUCUUAUUAAGUUAUUACGGAGAGUUUUUCGAUAACGAUUGAAUAUCUUUAAUUAUAAUAAUUUAGAGAAAUAAAGUUGAAUUAUUUGUGUUAAAUAGUAUUGUGAGUGUUGAACGAACUGUUUGAAUAAUGGCUAAAAUGAAAAGUCGACGGCGUGCUAGAAAAUGCAAUGGGAAGAUGAAGCAUAUGUUUCAGUUCUUUGGAGGGGCGGUGUGUGAGUGUCGCACCGCCAUGUCGCACCAUAGCGACGAGCAGGCGCUGCUCACGGUCACAUCGGACUCGUUCUGGGAGCCCGGCAACUACAAGCGGACAACACGCCGCAUCGAUGACGGUCACAGGCUCUGCAGUGAGCUACAGGCUCUGGUCCAAGAGAGAGCGGAUAUUGAGAAAACGUACGCGAAGAGUCUUAGAGGAUGGGCGAAGAAAUGGAACGAUCUCAUCGAGAAAGGCCCAGAGUAUGGAACAAUGGAAGCGGCAUGGAAAGGCGGCAUGGUUGAAGCAGAACGGCUAUCCGAUCUACAUUUAAGUGUACGCGAUCGCCUCGUCAAUGACGUCAUAGCUCAGAUAAAGAACUGGCAAAAGGAUACUUAUCAUAAGUCAAUGAUCCAACUAAAAGAACGAAAAGAAAUGGACGAGGCUUUCAAAAAGGCGCAGAAGCCGUGGGCGAAGCUACUACAGAAGGUCGAGCGGACGCGGCUCGAGUACCACACGGCCUGCAAGCAGGAACGGACCGCGCAGAACCAGGAGAGGAACGCUAGCGGUGACAGUUCCCUCAGUCCCGACCAGGAAAACCAUUUAAAUGUCUUAGGUGUAAUCAUUGCACAAGAUGGCUUCCGCGGUUUAUCAGUCAUCUCAUCACAGCAACAGGCCCUCGGCGACCUCGUGCGUAGCUAUUGUAAGACUGUUUACAAUCGUAAUUAG